GUCGUGGGCGGCGGCGAGGCACGAUCGUGGCAGUUGUUGGGCGGCCGUACUUUGGCCGACGGAAUAGUUGGUUGAGUGCGAGCGACGUUGGCGGUUUAGGAAUACCGUCGCGGGUAAAACUCCACCCUCUCCAAGGCUGCUUGGAUGUUGGUGGUUCAAUCGUUUGGCUUGGUAAGGGUACCUGAGAAAAAUACCAAUAUGGCAACAUCUGCUGAUAAAAGCCACAGUACCAUGUGGGCACGAUUUCACAGUGAAUCAUCAAGUAAGGUUGUGAAAUUGCUGAGAAAAAGUAAAAGUAUGGAUACAUUGCUGGAAACCUCAAAUUGGACACUGAAGGAUAUCCCAGAAUAUGAUACAGUUGGGACCUUACUCCCUACAUCUUUACCAACAGUGCCACUUACAAAAUGGGAGGCUCUGCUUCAUCAGCGUGGAGAAGACAUUUUCUCACAUCCUAAAAGAAACUCCAAUACCAGUAGGAGCUGCCCAUCACUUCUGUGCAGGCCGGAAUCUGCUGCAGACUUUACAGUACACUGUGUUGUCCAGUCACGCAGUGCAGGCAUUCCAAGUAUUUCCAUUCAGGCUGACAAUGUUUCUAGUGAUGAAACAAAUCGGUUUGCAAAUGAAGAGGAGAGUUGUUCUCUGCAAACCACCAGAUGUGCAGAAGAUAACAGUAAAAUGCAAGCGGAUGUAAAUCAAAAAGAUGAAUUCUUCUCUUGGGCUUUGGAACGAGCUGAACAUUCAAAUAUUAAAGAUCAAACUUUUGAAGAAUUUGCAAUGGAAGAAAAGGAAGGUUUGAUUUUGGAAAAUGACUAUCUGAGCCCAACAGUGACCAUCCAUCAACAGGCAAAUCAAAGAUCUAAAGGAGGGGCUGAGGAUUUGGAGGAAACCUUGGAUCAAACGUACCAACAGAUGGAUAAAACUGUAAAACCCGAACAUCUUGAACAGAUUGGAAGCAUGGAAACACUUGAAUAUUCCUUCACUGGAUCUAAAGGAAAGUCUUUCUGUACAGAGGAAGAAAUGAAACUUGUGGUGAAGGAUAAAUCCCAGACUAACAAGAAUACACAGUCUAAAUUUGCUCUAGAACACUAUCAGGGAUUGGAUGUAGACCUUAAGUAUUCUGAGGAGCUGUUUGAUGAAAUUGAUGAUGAUGAGGAUGAGGAAAGUGCUGAAAUGGAGACACAAACAAUAUUAUGCCUACCGUUUUUGUGUUGGAAAAGAAAAAAUAAACAUGAGGAAGAGGAAGAAAAGAAGGGCACAAGCUGCUUUGGGAGAUAACUUCCUGCCUGUAGAGAGAUCUGUUAAGAUGGAAC